AAAAUAAUUGUUGUUCAAGAUGUUGCCGUACACAGAUAAUAUGUCAUUCUUCGAACGAUGGCAUAAUGCAGCCAUUAGUGUUUACGAUGCAAUUAUUCGUGAGUGGUUAUAUAUUCCGGCCGAGGAAAAGUUGACAAAAAAAUAUUUUGCUCACUUGGAACCAUUACCUUCUUUGAAUGAUUUAUUGAAUAGCAUAUCGGUGAUGUUUGUUAACACACAUAGAGCUCUGUCACCACCGCGACCAGCAAUGCCAGGUAUAAUAAGUAUUGGGGGUGCUCAUGUUAAUCCUGCAAAACCUUUACCAAAAAAUCUUCAAACAUUCCUCGAUGAAUCUACGAAUGGAGUCAUUUAUUUCAGUUUGGGCACUGUUGUACAAAGCUCAAAACUACCCAAGGCGAAAAUUCAAGCAUUUUUAGAUUCAUUCCGGCAUCUGAAACAACGUGUUUUGUGGAAGUUUGAAGAUGAAACACUCGAGAAUGUUCCAUCGAAUGUUAUGAUCAAAAAAUGGAUGCCACAAAAUGAUAUUCUUGCUCAUCCGAACGUAAUUUUAUUUAUUUCACAUGGCGGUCUAUUUGGUACAUCUGAAUCGCUCUACCAUGGUGUACCACUGUUGUUGAUUCCGUUCUUCGGAGAUCAACAUCGCAAUGCACACCGAAUUCAAACGGCCGGCUAUGGAAAAUUCAUACUAUUCGCUGAAGUAUCAAAAGAUUUGGUAUCGAAGAAAAUUGAUGAGCUCAUUUCGGACAAGACAUUCUUGAACAGAGCAAAACAAACGUCAGCCAUUUUCAAGGACAAUUUAGCUCAUCCAAUGGACGAGGCUAUGUUCUGGAUUGAACAUGUUUGCAAAUUCAAAGGCGCAAAACAUCUUAAAUCCCACGCUAUCAACAUGUCAUGGUUCACAUAUCUAUCGCUAGAUAUUAUUCUAGCUAGUAUGGUCAUAUUAUUGGCUGGUGUUUGGGUGCUUUACAAGAUAAUUUGUGCAUUGGUUUCACAAAAGAAACAGACAACCGCACCUGAGAAGAAACAAAAUUGAAAUGUAUUGAAAUAGUGAAGCAGAGAUUUUUUUAGUUUAAAAUAUUCCUCCAAAUGCAGUGUACAAACACAAAUCUUAUUUUGAUCGAAUUUAAACUUCAGUGUAUGCGUACAAGCAUUAACCCUCUAACCAACUUUUAUGUAAAACUGAUAAAAAAUAGUCGGGAAUUUUUUUCUAGGAUAAUUAUGACCUUCUUAACUCAAAAAAAUCAUCAUCAGCUAAAAAAAAAUUUCCCGGUCUAUAUGCCAAAAAAAAAAAACAGGCAUCCUUCCCAUACAAAAAGUAGGUACAUUUACACCGUAACCCACAAGGCUGCCUAGAAGCACCCUUGACAUUUUCAAUUGUUUUCCAGAAAAACAUUUUUUUCCCCAUUCAAUAAAUACAAAAAUAGAUAGAUGAACACAAUACCUUUUCAGGAAAAAAAUAUUUACUGUGAUCGGAUCACUAGAAAUAUAUAAAUUUUGGAUUUCAAAUUUUUUUCCGGUGAACAAUAUUUUUGCUUCUUCAUUUUUCAAAAUUUCACACUAAAAUGGUUCUGUCACCGAAACGGACCGUCGGAUUGCGGUCAAAUGUUCGAAUGAAAUGUCACAAAAACGAUAGCGAAUAAGAUACCUAAUGAGUUUACCGUUGAAUUUUUUUUUUAAUUUUGAGAUAAAUUGAGUUUUGUGAAGGCUCGCUGUAGGCAGCCUUACCGGUUAGAGGGUUAAUUUGAAUAAAUAUUUUAAAAUAAUAAGAUCAAAACAAUCACAAA